AUGUUUAAGCUUGCCCGUAGGACUCCAAUCGCUGCGGCUUUCAGAGCUGCUUCAGAAACACCAAUUCGAUGCCGCUAUGCCCAGCAGCAAAGGAGAAACCUCUCUAUCCAUGAAUAUCUCUCCGCAAACCUCCUCAAAUCCUAUGGGGUUGGCAUUCCAAAGGGCGAAGUUGCCCGAACCGCAGAGGAAGCGGAGGCUGUCGCCAAGCAGAUCGGUGUGGAUGAUUUGGUAAUUAAAGCCCAAGUUCUCGCCGGAGGACGAGGGAAAGGCACAUUUGAUAAUGGCCUUAAGGGUGGUGUACGCGUUAUUUACUCACCAACCGAGGCCAAGAUGUUUGCUGCCCAGAUGAUUGGCCACAGACUUGUCACCAAACAAACAGGCGCCCAAGGUCGACUUUGCAAUGCCGUCUAUAUUUGCGAACGCAAGUUUGCACGAAGAGAAUUUUACCUUGCUAUUCUCAUGGACAGAAAAUCUCAGGCACCAGUCAUCGUUUCUUCUUCGCAAGGUGGUGUCGAUAUCGAGGGCGUCGCCAAGGACUCGCCCGAUGCGAUCACCACAACUCACAUCGAUAUCAAUGUCGGAGUCACUGAUCAGAUGGCAGCUAAUAUUGCCAGGGAUCUAGGAUUCUCAGAACAAUGCAUUGAAGAUGCUAAGGAUACGAUCCAAAAACUUUACAAAGUCUUCAUGGAGAAGGAUGCUACACAGAUCGAAAUCAACCCUCUGUGUGAGACUACUGACCACCAAGUUCUUGCAAUGGAUGCUAAGUUUGGGUUCGAUGACAAUGCUGAAUUUAGACAAAAGGAGGUGUUCUCGUGGAGAGAUACCACUCAGGAGGACCCCGAUGAGCUCAAGGCUGCUGAGUCUGGCUUGAAUUUCAUUAAACUAGAUGGAGAUAUUGGCUGUUUGGUCAACGGAGCCGGUCUUGCGAUGGCAACUAUGGAUAUCAUCAAGCUAAAUGGUGGCAGCCCCGCCAACUUUCUCGACGUUGGUGGCGGUGCUACUCCUCAGGCCAUACGAUCCGCCUUCGAACUCAUCACUAGCGACCCCAAGGUUACCGCUAUCUUUGUCAACAUCUUUGGUGGUAUUGUCAGAUGCGAUGCCAUCGCCCAAGGUUUGAUCAAUGUCGUCAACGAAAUGAACCUUCGCACCCCGAUCGUCGCACGAUUGCAAGGGACCAAUAUGGAACAAGCCCACAAGCUGAUCAACGACUCCGGCCUGAAAAUCUUCUCUAUCGAAGACCUACAAAAUGCCGCUGAAAAAUCCGUCCAGUUCUCCAAAGUUGUCAAAAUGGCCCGUGACAUCGACGUGGGCGUUGAAUUUUCCCUUGGCAUUUAA